ACUGCUUCCACCUAUGUCCAUUAUUUCCGCCAAGUCGAGAACGACAUGCAGUCGUAGUAUCAUGGAUAACCACCUUAUGUCGUCCUUCACCAUCCUACUGCUUUCUUCUUUUGCUGCAACGGUUGCAUAUCCUGCUCGCAAUGAAUUACAGCCUAACCAGAUGAAAAACCACCAUUCUUCUGUAUCAUCAUACAACCCACAACCGAAGGAUUUCCCAACUGAACAACUCUACCGCGCCUACCUUAUAAUCCAGCGCUUCAAGAACACCAUCAUUAGCGACCCCAAGAACGUCACUGCCACCUGGAUUGGUCAUGAUCUCUGCGGAGAAACGACCUAUGUGGGGUUCUACUGCGGAUCGCCGGCAGGAGGAGAUAAGAAGUUGACAGUCACAGGUGUCAUUUUGAAUGGGUAUAAUCUACAUGCACCAACGUUGGAAGGUUUCGUCAAUCAGCUCCCUGAUCUAGCUCUUUUCCAUGCUGCUUCCAACAAUUUUGGUGGCGAUAUACCCCAACUAACCGGCCUAGGGUACAUGUACGAGCUCAGUGUCGCCGUUAAAGAUCUGCAAUUACAGGCUCGGCCAAAAAGGGAUAUCCCUCCGGAUUCUACAGUGGGUUUGGGCGGCAACACUCACGGUCACGGGCAUCUUGGUAACUGUAUAAUUGCAGAUUUUAACUUCUCAUUUAACGUCGGAAUCGGUAAGGGUCACAAAUUUCCAGGUUUUACGGAUGCCAAGGCUCUCCUUCUCAACCACAACAAUUUGUCCGGUCCACUUCCGUCAAACCUCGGUUUCUCAAAACUGAGCUACCUUGCCCUCGCCAACAACAAACUCACCGGGCCAAUCCCACCGUCAAUCAGUAAUCUGGAAGACUCUCUCUUCGAGGUACUCCUUCUCAACAACCAGCUCUCCGGCUGCCUCCCCCACGAGCUCGGCAUGCUCACCAAGGCGGCCGUGAUUGACGCCGGCAUGAACCAGCUCACCGGCCCAAUCCCGUCAUCUUUCUCGUGCCUAAUCAGCGUCGAGCAGCUCAACCUGGCCGGAAACCGCCUCUACGGUCAGGUACCCGACGCGCUCUGCAAGCUUGCUGGGCCCGCUGGCCGCCUCGCCAACCUCACGCUGUCCGGCAACUACUUCACAUCCGCCGGGCCGGCAUGCGCGGCGCUGAUCAAAGACGGAGUGCUGGACGUGAAGAACAACUGCAUUCCGGGGCUCACCAACCAGAGGCGCCCGGCCGAGUGCGCGGCGUUCCAGAGCCAACCAAAGACUUGCCCGGCAGCGAGCACUCAGGUGACAUGCCCCGCCGCCGCAGCUUCCAGGAACGCGGCGGCGCCAGGGGAGAGGAAGGUCAAGGAUUACUCCAGCUACGUGACGUACGCUACUCUGCAUGACUGAGCCACACUGGCAUGCAGUAGGAGACAGAGUGCCUUGCUGGCUAUGUGUCUCUUGUAUUCAGCAUGAGUGUACCCUAGCGUGUGUUGUUGUGAUUGUGAUUGCUGUCUAUUUGCAUUAUUGUACGUGUGUUGCUGUCACAUCUAGAUCAUCCCAUUAUUUGUACGUCCAAAUCCAUUUUAUGG